AUGUGUUGUACCGAGGCGCCCUUUGUGUGGCUGCCCCUCAGGCCUUCCCGGGGGCGUGGGGGGCGGGGGCGUGUUGAGGGUGUGGGCUGGGUCUGGCAGAGUGUGGGUGCGCGGCGCGGCGUGGGUUGGCGUGGAGCGCGGCGCCCAUCGAGGAAUGGUGACGUCCCGCGCCGCGUGAGUCCCGCGGGCGGCGGACACAGUGACGGUGCGCGGCAUGUCCGGGGGGCGGCACGGCGAGGGGCGGCGGCGCCCCCCUCGGAGCUCCAGGGCGGCAAGAAGAGUGGCGGGGGGCCGUCCCGCACCAGCAGGAGCGGCCUGCUGCCCAGCCCCGUGGUGUGGGGCAGCGACGCGCCGCAGCCCUCCUUCCUGACGCUGCUGCACAACGGCGGCGCCAACGUGCUGCUGGAUGGCUACGACGGCGGCGGUGGCGGCGGCGGGGGGCGCGGCGGUGGGGCGGCUGCUAGGGCCGCCCUGGCCAAUGGGGAGCGCUCCUCAGACUCCGAGGACUCCGGGGCCACGUCGGGCGCCACGUCGGGCAAGGAGGCCAGCCCGGGCUGCGAGGAGAGCUCGGGCUCCGAGCAGAGCAGCGCGCCGCCCCACGAGGACUCCCGCCACGACGAGGACCAGUCUAGCCCUGCCCCAGCCCGCUCCCGCGCGGCCCUGCCCCGCUCCCGCACCACGCCCAUGCUCAACGGGGGCGCCACGCCGCGCUGGACGACGCGCUGCGCCCCCUCACUCUCUACGGGCCGGAGACGGGCGGCGGCGGCCUAG